AUGGCAGGCAACGGGGACAACGAUGCCGGGGCGGUGGGCAAGGAGAGCAUCAAUACCGAGAUCAUGACCCUCACCCGCUUCCUGACAGAAGAGCAAACCAAGCACAAGGAAGCCACCGGCGACUUCACCCUCCUCACCCACGCCCUCCAAUUCGCCUUCAAGUCCAUCGCCUACUACAUCCGACGAGCCUCGCUCAUCAACCUCGGCGGCCUCGCCGGCUCCUCCAACACCACCGGCGACGACCAAAAGAAGCUCGACGUCAUCGGCAACGACGUCUUCCUCGCCGCCAUGCGCUCCUCCGGCCGCGUGCGCCUGCUCGUCUCCGAGGAAGAGGAGGACAUCAUCACCUUCGACACCAACCCCGACGCCCACUACGCCGUCUGCUGCGACCCCAUCGACGGCAGCAGCAACCUCGACGCCGGCGUGUCGGUCGGCACCAUUUUCGGCAUCUACCGCCUCAAGGAUGGCUCCAAGGGCACGAAAGAGGAUGUGCUGCGGCCGGGGAGUGAUCUUGUUGCUGCGGGCUUCACCAUGUACGGUGCCUCGGCGCAGCUGGUGUUUACGAUGAAGGGCGGCGGGGUGAAUGGCUUCACCAUGGACAAUGGGCUGGGCGAGUUCAUCCUCACCCACCCGGACAUGCAGAUGCCGAAGAAGCGCGGCAUCUACAGCACGAACGAGGGCAACAGCAAGUACUGGCCCGAGCCCGUGCUCGAGUGGUGUCGCGAAAUCAAGAAUGCGGACAAGCCGUACAGCUCGAGAUAUAUCGGGUCCAUGGUGGCCGACGCCUACCGAACGCUGCUGUACGGUGGCAUCUUCGCCUAUCCCGCGGACAAGAAGAGCCCCAAGGGCAAGCUGAGGAUUUUGUACGAGUGUGGGCCUAUGGCGAUGGUGUUUGAGAAUGCCGGCGGCCAAGCCGUGGACAGCAAUAUGAACCGGAUGGUCGAGGUGGUGCCGGAGAACAUCCACGACCGCAGCGGCAUCUUCCUGGGCAGCUACGACGAGGUUCAGAAGGUGAUUGACAUUCACAAGAAGCACGGCAUCACGGGCACGGCGACGAAGUAG